AUGAGCGUGUCUGAAAAUUCGCAAUAAAUGUAUGAGGAACUAAUGGAUAAAAUAAAAAAAAAUUCAGAAAUAAGAGAGAAAUUUGAUAGCAGAACAUCAAAUGGAUUAUUAGAUAAAGAUUAUGCUCAUGAAGUCUUGAUAGAUUGGAGCGAUUUACUAAAUUAUGACCUAAGUGAUGCAAUAAAUUAUUUUGAUCUCGAUAAUCCUGAUAUUCCUCCUGAAGAGAUCAGAUAGCACCUAGAUUUUGACAGUUUCACUAAUCUUGUCAACAAAUGGUUAUAGAAGCAAUUAUUGCAGACAUCUCCUAAAUAAAAACAAAGUACAAACCAAGAUCAGUAUUGGUUUAAGAGUGAGCCUGGAACACUUAACACAGAACAGAGUGAUUUAAAGCAUUAAGAAUAGUUAAUAAAAGCAAUUUUUGAGACUCAAGAAGGUAAGACCAAGAAGGUAUUUAACGAGUAUGCAAUGAUGAACGAUUAAACUGACACAAUUAGCAAGUAAGAUUUUCCCCUUUUGCUCAAAAAUUUGUUAUAUCAACAUAAUGCAUCAAUUUAUGAGAAAUCUGGUUAAGAGGAUUACUUUUUGAGAAGUAAUUCAUAUGGAAAUUUAAAUAACUUUUUGAGAGAUGAUUAAAUUAAUUAUUAACAAUUCAAGGAGGCGGCAAUUCAAUUCAUAAAAGGAAAUCAAGAUUUGAUUCUUUUGGAUCAUGAAUAAAUUAGUAAGAAAAAAGAAAAGCAGCCCCCUUAAAUUCAACCUAAUUUAGAAGAAGAACUAUUAUAACAAAUUGACAAAUAUCAAUAGAUUUUAUAAUCAACUGAGCCUGAAAUUGAGAAAUAGGUUCUUAGAAACAUGAUAACAACUUUGGUUCGUUAGCUAGAUUUAAUUAGAGAUAACACUAUGAGAUUAGAUGAAACUCAUAUCAAUUCCACUAUCAAACCUAAAGCAAAUCUGCAGGUCUCAUUUUCAGGUAUUGUUAGACCUGAAAAAAGGUCAAAAACUAAGGAAGAGGUAGAAAUUCAAAAAAGAGAUAAUUAAAUAUUGGAAAUAUUUCUAUUUUUUGCUAAAUAAUAGUAUGUCAAUGGUGUUGCAUAUGAGUUUGAUAGAUACACAAAAGAAGCUUAAAGUUUAAGUUUAGGUAUGUUCUUAUAUUUUUGUAAAUGUUUUAAUUUGAUUGAAACUCAUGUCAGAAAACCAAAUGAAGAAAAUCUAUUGGAAAGGAAAAAGAGAGGGGAAGAUGUCAAUAUUACUCGAUUGAAUCAAACAAUAAUCAAUAAAAGCUCAUAAGAAGAAGAAAAGUAAGUAGAAUAAGUGUCAACAAUUAAAUCUCCAUAACAAAAACCUCCAACUGUCCCAGUCAAUAUCCAGAAGGUUGAAAAUUUGCCUAGAAGAAAUAAAUAUUCUCAUGUCCCUUCUAAAUUUGAAUGGUGGAAUGAUGAAUUAAAGUUUGAAAAAUACUACAAUCCAAACCAAAAUCCCUUACCUCAACAAAUUUUGGAUGAUAUGAAAUAUUUAACUAAAGAUGAAAUUAAGAGUUUGUUUAAAAGAAGUGCCUUUGGAAAAGAUCUCGAUUUUGAUGAAUUCAAAUGUCUAUUAGGAUUUAUGGCCAAUCUUAUGUUCAAAGAAAAUGGAGAAAGACAUCCUCAUGCCUAUUAAUUGAUAUUAAGACUGAUGUAUAUUGAUUAUCCAGAGGAAUACAGAAAAAGAUUAAUCCCGAUGAAAAUACCAUUUAAUUGUAAGGAGAAAAUUGGUUUCAGGUAGUUGCCAGGUUACGAGCAUCAUGAAUAUAAAGGCAGAUAAUUAUCAUAAUAAGAAAAACAGCAACUGCAAAAAUUGAAGCAAGAAAGAGAGAAUUAAUUAAGGGAGAGACUUACUGAAAACCCUAAUCAAAGCAUAAGAUCUAUAGGGUCUAUAGGUUCUCAAUCUAUUGCUAAUUUACCAUAUAAUAAAUAAUAAGGCAGAUUUUUGAAUGGAAGAAUAGAUUUAGAUAGGGAAAAAGUUUCAUGGGCAAAACUAGAGAAUUUAAAUCCUAAUGACUUAAGUGGUCAUGGCAGAAAUUUUAAGCCUCAAGACUUGAUUGAUGAAUUUGAAGAUGAGGAAGAUAGAUUUUUCUUGAAAGAAUUCUCACUUGAAGAGGAUAAAAAAAAUCAAUUAAAACCUGAAGAGGUGUAAAAACACCUAGAAAAAUAUGGUGCUUAUAAACCUCCAAAGAGGCCUACUUAAAAACACCAAAUGAGUUAACCUUAACUGUUAAAUUAAAGAUAUGAAUAGAAGAGUGUUGACAUGAAAAAUCAGUACUUAUAAAGAGCUAAUCAAAUUUAGUAACUACAAAAUAAAAAAGAGUAACAACUACUCUAAAAAAUAAACAAAUAAUAUAAAAUUUGA